GAAAUGUGCCCAAGUGAAUCAAUGGAAUUUGUCUCGCCAGUUCAUGGAAGCCCACGAUGUUGUCGAAAGUGUGCUCCCUCAACUGGAAUGUUGCUUCUGUGCACCGACGUGGAAGACACCAAGUGCGUGCCCUGCGAGCCAGGACUGGAAUUCUCCUCUGUGUCGAGUGCCACCAGCAAGUGCCAUCAGUGUCGUCGAUGUCAAGAUAUUCACCCACUUGCAAAAACUCGUAAAACAUGCACACCCAUUGCGGACACAGAGUGUGCGUGUGCAGAAGGAUAUUAUAUGUCAAUCACUCACCAAACAUGCAGGCCGUGUAGCGUCUGCAAGUCAAAUGAGACUGUUUUGAGGUCUUGCAGUUGGAACGCAGAUACACAAUGUCAAGCCUGUCCCAGUGGAUUUUCGACUAAUGCACCCACAGGCGAUAAGCAAUGUGUGCCUUGUCAAGAUUGUGACGUUGAUCAACCGGUGGCGCGCAAAUGCACAACGAGAACCAACUCCUCAUGUUGUCCUGAGACCACGCAGCUUUGUUCCUCGUCUACCAAGCUCCAAUCACCUGGUUACUCUCGCUAUGAGCAGACCCCAGGUCAAUGGGGGAGAGGAAGCAGUCCAAAUCGAAUGAUCCCGAUUUACUGCUCCGUCAUGGGAAUGGUCAUUCUCAUUGUACUUUUCUAUGUGAUGUACAAGCUUUGGAAACAACGGAAUUCCAUAGCUAAUGCAAAACUGUCCGAAGACUACGGUGUGGUCGCAUGCAACGGCCACCACGGAAGUGUCGCAGCCACCCUACACGGAAGCACGAUAACAGGUCCGGAUGGUGCCAGCCGGAGCAACAUGAAUACACACAACAUUGUAGAAAUCCUGACUGAGAAAGUACCACUGAUCAACCAAGUCGAUGAUCCGAUUCGCAUGUGCGGUUUGACAGAGAGAACCAUGGCUUCUCUUUCGUGCAACGCGAUAGGCAAUCUGUGCAUUCAGCUGGCCUUGGAUGGAUGGAAACGUCUGGCUGUGAUUAUGGACUUCAACCCGGAUGAGCUUGUGAAACCGGACGAGGAAAUGAGCGACACAUCUAGGGCCAUAAUUCAGGCAUCUUUACAAGCUCAGAACCUCAAUUCCGAUUCAACAUUUGGUCAACAGUGCCCCAGGACCGAGGAACUAAUCAAAACGGCUGCACUGCUCAGCAAAAUGUGCGCGAACUCUGGCAUGAACCUUGGUACACUGUCGGAUGCACUUACCCGGAUAGGCAGAGUAGAUUUGGUCCCUCUGCUAUCAAAUGGAUCAGUGAAUGCCAAAGCGCUGAGAGAGUACGUUGCCUGAUUGCAGUUGUAUUCCACCAAUACGGAGAAGAGAGCAACAUCACCUGAAAGCCGCGUUCCUUCGUUCGUUCCCUCACUAUUCGCUAUUGCAUGUUCCUUGCUAGGGACAUCAAAAUGAGGAUAGAGGGGACUGUGAAACGACUGUACAAAAAACCACACACACCCGAUCAAUGCAAGGUUGUGCACGCAGUAAAAUGACGAGUGCUCGGCAAUGAGUCACAUAGAUACACACGUUCCAGCAGUUCAACAAAACCAAUGAAAACUUCGUGGUAAAUCACCAUAAGCAGAACAAACAGUCAGCUGUCAUUUUUCUUUUUCAUCAUCUUCCUACGGUUCACUCCUAGUAUCUUUUCGGGAGUUACUUUUCCUUACGUGCCGCAAUUGUACAUAAUAUUCAAGUUCUGAUAUUCGUAA